CUAGCAGCUCGUAAAGCCAGAGAGGUCUCCUUGGCCCUCCCAACUCCCAAGUUCCCCACUCCGCCGCAGCUUCUGUGCCGGCCGGACCCCCGUUGUGCCCCGAUUUCCGCGGCCGUCCCGCCCCCGAGCGGCGCUGCCAUCUCGCAUUGCCGCCGCCGCCGCCGGUAUGGCCACGGGUGCUGAGGCCGCCGCGGCGUUAUCUCCUCCGGGCGCCGCCGGUGCCGCCGUCAUGGGAGUCUUCAAGUACAACUUCGCGGCGCAGUUCCUAUCCAGGGUCACCCCCUUCCUCUACAACAGCUGGUUCGUGCGCCAGCUCAGCGCCGACGACUGCGCGGCAUACGCGUUACAGCUUCCUCUCUUCAUCAACUGCGUCCUAUUUUUAAGCCGGGAGGGGUUUCGGCGUGCAUGCUUGCGUAAUGAUUCUGACAGUGGCAAUGCGAUAAGUGAUGAAGAGAUACUAAAGGUAGCUUGGAUGAUUGUCCCAUUUGGCAUCUUAGUUUCCUUUAUCAGCAGCUUAUUUGUGUUGAGGGUAAAGAAAUUGCGGUUAUCCGAUACCUAUGCUAAAGCUACAUUAAUUAUCGCAUUUGCUUGCGUACUGGAGCUACUGGCAGAACCUCUGUAUAUUCUCUCCCAGAGGAAGAAAUACUAUCAAAUAAGAGUGUAUACUGAACCUGUGGCUACUCUGCUGCGUUGUUUAACAACUUUUAUCUUCAUAACAAAAGGACAUUCUAAAAUGGAAAAGUUGGUUGUAUUUGCUUUGUCACAGGUUGUCUAUGCAGCUUGCAUUUUCUUUGGAUAUUGGACCUAUUUUCUUAUAUUUACAAAUACCAAAAUUUCCGAUCUCCUUCCAUUCAGGUUGUCAGCCAUGAUGGACUGCGAUAAACAGUUGUUGCACAUGUGCAUGUUGUUUACAGGACAGACUUUCAGGAAACUGAUGCUCCAAGAAGGCGAAAAGUUUGUUCUUGUUUGGUUUGAUACUCCAUAUAACCAGGCUGCCUAUGGUCUUGUGGAUAAAUUAGGGAGUCUGGUUGUUAGAAUAGUUUUCCUGCCAUUCGAGGAGAGUUCUUAUGCUACAUUUGCACAGUUGGCAUCAGGACAAAAUCCCCAGAAUAUAUCCAAUUUGGAAGGUUCUUUGCUCGGAGCUCUUAAGCUUAUUAUGCUGAUAGGCUUGGUGGUCAUCUCAUUUGGUCCAAGUUAUUCAUAUACCCUUCUUAGACUACUUUAUGGGGCAAGAUACAGUGAUGGAGAUGCUACAGUUAUUCUUCGUUACUAUUGUUUCUACGUCAUAUGCUUAGCAAUGAAUGGCACAUCUGAAGCUUUCCUUCAUGCUGUUGCAAAUGAAGACAAGCUUAAGCAGUCAAAUGAUAUGUUGCUCCUGUUCUCGGCAAUUUACAUUGUGCUAAAUGUUGUCCUGAUUAAAUCUGCUGGUGCAGUUGGGUUGAUUGCUGCAAAUUCCAUCAAUAUGCUGCUGCGAAUCACAUAUUCAGCGGCAUUCAUUAAAGACUAUUUCAAGGGCUCAUUCUCUUUCCGCCACUGCUUGCCGGCAGGCUGGGGUGUGUUGCUCAUUUCUGGCCUGACCACAGCUUUCUCUGAAAGGAUGUUUCUGAAUAGAAACAGGUUCAAGCAGACCCUUCCCAUUCACAUGGCGAUAGGCAUAAUGUGCCUGGGUUUCUCAUCACUCGAGAUAUACCGUGGUGAAAAGCAGUUCUUGACGAGUAUAAUCAGAUCAUUGAAGAGCCGCGACAAACUUGCAUGAGUCUAACAACAUUCAGGGUUUUGCGAGUGUUUUUAGCAUUCGCCUGAUAACCGCAUUUUCAGAAAGAAAACAUAUACGAUGCCGUAAAUAUAAUUGUACAUUGCAUGGGUUGACGACAGAAGAUAAUUAUGCCAAGCGGCUGGAGGACUUCACUGAACAUGGAUCAAACUGGUCGCGUUCUCUACUGGAGUCGGGUUAAUGGUGUGUGCAGCAGAACAACUGUUCACUAAACGGCAACAGAAAGCAUAGAUCAGUGGCUUAUAUAGGCAAUUUAUUAUCUUAUUCUGUAGUAACUGCUGACUACACCAAAAUCUAAGGGUGUUAAGAGAAAAAUUGAUUAUAUUUUGUUACAGCUAAAAUAUACUCCCUCUGUCUCAUAAUAUAAGCGAUUUUAGAGGGAUGUGAUACUUCCUAGUGAUAUGAAUCUGAACAAGAUAGAAAGUGUCACAUCCCUCUAAAAUCCCUUAUAUUAUUGGACGGAGGGAGUAAUGAAUUGGAAAAGAAAAUUUAACACAUCGAUGUAAUAUAAUUUUUUUUAGAUAUUUUUUAUGAUA